UGUUUGUCGAAGCAGAGGGGAGGCAUUGGCGAGAAGUGACAAGUUGAAUUAUCAGAGAGAAAAUAAAUUUUGUAGAAUUCGAAUCGUUGAAACCCCACUGAUUAAAUCCCUUCCACGAUGGCUAGUGUAUCGUAUCAAAUAGCAAAUCUGCUGGAGAAGAUGACGUCCAAUGACAAAGACUUCAGAUUCAUGGCGACAAACGACCUAAUGUCCGAGCUCCAGAAGGACUCCAUAAAACUGGACGACGAUUCCGAGCGUAAAGUCGUAAAAAUGUUGCUUCGCCUCCUGGAAGACAAGAACGGAGAGGUGCAAAAUUUAGCUGUUAAAUGUCUGGGUCCCCUGGUGAACAAAGUCAAAGAAUAUCAGGUAGAAACAAUAGUGGAUGCCCUCUGCACCAACAUGAUAUCAGACAAAGAGCAGCUCCGUGACAUCUCCAGCAUAGGCCUAAAGACAGUGAUCUCCGAGCUGCCAAUGGGUUCAAACGAUCUCGCUGAGAACAUCUGCAAACGCAUAACAGGUCGUCUCUCAUCAGCAAUAGAGAAACAAGAAGACGUAUCAGUCCAGCUGGAGGCACUGGACAUCGUAGCAGACCUUCUCUCGCGUUUCGGAUCCCUGCUAUCAAGCUUUCAUCAGCAAAUUCUGACAGCUCUUCUUCCCCAGCUGUCAUCACCACGUCAGGCAGUGAGAAAACGAACAAUCGUCGCCCUGAGCCACUUGCUCACCUCCAGCAACAGUUACUUGUACAAGAAGCUGUUGGAUCAUCUGUUGGGGGGUUUGACAACUCAAAAAAUCAAAAAUGUCAUUCGCACGUACAUCCAGUGCAUAGCAUCAAUUUGUCGUCAAGCUGGUCACAGAUUUGGUGAGCAAAUCGAGCGAGUAAUGCCCCUCAUUGUUCAGUACUCAAACGAGGAUGACGACGAGCUCAGGGAGUACUGCCUCCAGGCAUUUGAGGCAUUUGUCUAUCGUUGCCCGAAGGAAAUAACUCCCCACAUCAACAAGAUCAUCGACAUCUGCCUGACGUACAUAACCUACGAUCCAAACUACAACUACGACGAUGACAUCAGUGAUAUAUCUGAUGGUGAGGGUGUGACAAUGGAAACGGAGGAGGAUGGCGAGGAAGACGCUGAGGAGGAGUACUCUGACGACGACGACAUGAGUUGGAAAGUCAGAAGAGCUGCUGCCAAAUGUCUCGAGGCUGUUGUAUCCAGCAGACGAGAACUCCUCCCCGAUUUGUACAAAAUUGUCUCACCAGCCCUGAUAGCGAGGUUCAAGGAGCGCGAGGAAAACGUUAAAUCAGAUAUAUUUCACGCUUACAUAGCACUCCUCCGUCAGACAAGGCCUACAUCGAGUGUAGCACUUGAUCCAGACUCUAUGGAGGACGAGGAAUGUCCAAUUUCCCUUCUCCAACAGCAAGUGCCAAUGAUCGUGAAGGCUGUUCAUCGACAGAUGAAGGAGAAGAGCAUAAAGACACGUCAGGAUUGUUUUUCAUUGCUGAAAGAGCUCGUUAUUGUUCUACCAGGUGCCCUCACGAAUCACAUCACCUCGUUGAUAUCUGGAAUUCAGUAUUCCCUGGGGGAUAAAAACUCCUCAUCCAACAUGAAAAUUGACACACUUGCAUUUGUUCAUACUCUUCUGAUAACCCAUCAGCCAGAGGCAUUUCACGCUCACAUGACAGUUCUAGCACCACCAAUAAUAACAGCUGUAUCAGAUCCUUUCUACAAGAUAACAGCUGAAGCACUUCUUGUUCUCCAGCAAUUGGUACAAGUGAUAAGACCUCAUGCAAAGCCAAUGAACUACGAUUUUACAAAUCUCGUUAAUGAGAUAUACAGGUGUACAUUGAUGAGACUGAAAACAGCUGAUAUCGAUCAGGAAGUUAAGGAACGUGCUAUCGCAUGUAUGGGACAAAUUCUAGCUCAUCUCAGUGAUACACUUCAUGAUGAACUUCCAGUUUGUCUUCCUAUAUUUUUGGACAGACUGAGAAAUGAAAUCACUAGGCUGACAACUGUCAAAGCACUCACUUGUAUCGCAGCAUCACCAUUGAGGGUCGAUCUUCAACCGAUAAUGGAGGAGGCUGUUCCCAUUUUGGGAUCAUUUCUCAGGAAAAAUCACAGGGCAUUGAAGCUGUGCUCCCUCACUCUUCUGGACACACUUGUCAAGAGCUACUCCAUCAGCCUUCACACAGAUCUGCUGGAUAAAGUUACAGCUGAAUUACCAGCACUUCUUAAUGAAUCAGAUCUGCAUAUUGCCCAGUUGACGUUGACUCUGCUGACGACGAUAGCAAAGGUUCAUCCAGCUGCUUUGACGAGAAUCUCGGAGACUAUUCUACCGGAAAUUUUGGUGCUUGUUAAGUCACCACUGCUUCAGGGAGCUGCAUUGUAUGCUAUGCUGGAGUUCUUCCAGGCCCUUGUUCAAGCUGGAAUACCAGGACUGGGGUACAGGGAUCUGCUGGCGAUGCUCGUGGCACCAGUUACCAAUUCAGUACUUCAUAAACAGGCGUAUCAUUCUCUGGCGAAGUGUGCAGCUGCUCUGACAAUAACUUGGCAACAAGAGGCUCAUGGUGUUGUCGAGCAGUUCAUAAAAAAUGUUCAGGAUCCAGCUUCUGAUUCUCAACAUAUUUUUGCACUUCUCGUUAUUGGGGAAAUUGGUAAACACGUGGAUCUGAGUGGAAUUCAGUCGUUGAAGGCGGUUAUCUUGAGUUCAUUCUCGUCUCACUCUGAGGAAGUCAAGUCUGCUGCUAGUUAUACCCUUGGAAAUAUCGCUGUUGGUAAUUUACCGGAGUAUUUACCGUUUAUUCUUCAUGAGAUUGAGGGACAACCCAAGAGACAGUACCUUGUUCUUCACUCGUUGAAGGAAAUCAUCACGUGCCAGUCAGGAAGUCCAUCCGGUGUUUCGAAUCUUCAAAAUUUCGUUCCAGCCAUCUGGAUGCUGCUGUACAGGCACUGCGAGUGCACUGAGGAGGGAACUAGGAAUGUUGUAGCUGAGUGUCUUGGUAAAUUGACACUCAUUGAUCCAGCUACACUUCUACCGAGACUCCAGGAGUCACUCAAGUCAGCUUCACCGUUGAUGAGGACCACCACUGUCACAGCUGUGAAGUUCACGAUUUCUGAUCAGCCACAGGCCAUUGAUGCCAUGUUGAAGCAGUGCAUGGGGAGCUUCUUGGUAGCUCUGGAGGAUCCUGAUCUUAAUGUCAGGAGGGUUGCACUUGUUGCGUUUAACUCCGCUGCUCAUAACAAACCAAUGCUCAUCAGGGAUUUGCUGGACUCGGUACUUCCGAAACUUUAUGCUGAGACGAAGAUUAAGAAAGAACUUAUAAGAGAAGUGGAAAUGGGUCCCUUCAAGCACACAGUGGACGAUGGUCUGGAUCUUCGAAAAGCAGCAUUUGAAUGCAUGUACACACUACUCGACUCCUGCCUCGACAGACUCGAUGUUUUUGAGUUCCUCCAGCACGUGGAGAAUGGCCUCAAGGAUCAUUACGAUAUUAAGAUGCUGACGUACCUUAUGACCGCGCGACUGGCGCAGCUCUGUCCGACUGCAGUCCUCCAAAGGCUUGACAGACUCGUGGAUCCCCUGAAGAUGACCUGUACCCAGAAAGUCAAGGCCAAUUCCGUCAAACAGGAGUACGAGAAACAGGAUGAACUGAAAAGAUCUGCGUUGAGAGCUGUUGCUGCACUUUUGACUAUUUCGGAUGCUGACAAAAAUCCAGCAUUGACUGACUUCGUCAGCAUAAUAAAAUCAACUCCAGAGUUGCGUAGUUUAUUCGAUACUAUUCAGAAAGAUUGUUCGGGUAACAAUGUCAACGAAUCCAACAUCAUGGAUCAGAGCUAAGCAAAGAGACGAGGAAUUUUCUGCAACGGAAAUUAAACAGAUACAGCACGAAUUGCAAAUCGCCAACGUAAUACAUCAAUUAAAGUGAUACGAUUUUCUUUUUUCAUCGAUUGAUGUAUCUGAUUAUCCCUCGGGUAUCACUCGAAUUUUCAAAAGGUCAGACACUGGGAGUUUGACGGCAGCCCAGAGUUGCAUUAACACAUGAGACAAAUUAAUUUACAAUUUAUUUCUAUAAGUUGAACGUUUACAUUCAUUGUUUUUUCGGUGAAAAUAGUAGCUUGAACAAAUGAAAGGAACGAAAUUCAAUGUGAUUGUCUUGUAGCGAUCAGCAAAUGCAUUGUAUAAACAAAAUAAAAUACAAAUUUCUUUAAAAUGGAA